AUGCUUAAUCUAGCUAUCAAGCUAAGCGAUCGAUCCUCUCCGAUCUCUUCUUCUCUUAGAAAUUUUCUCUUCUUCUCUUCUUCUCCUCCUAUUCGUUUCCCCUUUAUCACCUUGCUUCUCUCUUUAUUCUCCUCUACAAUAGCUAUUGUUGCCCCUUCUAAUGAUAAGCCCUUUGGCAUCUCUCAAAUCAAAGCCUACAUCCCUAUCACACUUGAUAUGACAAAACUCAAUUAUCAAGCGUGGCGUGAACUUUUCGAAACCCACUGCUCCAGCUUUAGUGUUCUCGGACAUAUCGAUGGUACCUCGAUCUCUACACCUGCGACUGAAAAAGAAUGGAAGGAGCUCGACGGAUUGGUGAUGAUAGGAUUUGUGUGUGGAUGUGAAAAGAUAUGA